UGGAUGUACUGUGCUGUGAGGUUAAAGGUUGAAGAGCGGCCGGCCACUCGCUCUCGAGCUCCUCCUGAAACCAACCACCUGGAGUCAUUAACAGGGGUCCAGGGAGGCUUCAGCACAGGGAACAGCCAUGGAGGGGACUGUCUCAGCUGUAUCAAGUACCUCAUGUUCUUCUUCAACUUCCUCAUUUUUUUAGGAGGCUCCUUCCUGCUUGGUGUGGGUGUGUGGGUACUGGUGGACCCUAUGGGCUUCAGGGAGAUCGUAGCAGCCAACCCUCUGCUCUUCACUGGGGUCUACAUCAUCCUGGCCAUGGGGGCAAUGCUCUUCCUCCUCGGCUUCCUGGGCUGCUGCGGAGCCAUCCGGGAGAACAAGUGUCUGCUGCUCUUUUUCUUCCUGCUCAUCCUGGUCAUCUUCCUGGCAGAGUUAGCAGCAGCCAUCUUGGCCUUCGUAUUCCGGGAGCAUCUCACCAGAGAGAAGUUUACCAGAGAUCUGAAGAGACACUACCAGGGACACAACAACACCGACGUCUUCACCUCCACGUGGAACGCCCUCAUGACCACUUUUGACUGCUGUGGGGUGAACAGCCCGGAUGACUUUGAGGAGAGCCUGUUCAGGCUCCUCAGUCCAGACAUGAUGGUUCCUGGGGUGUGUUGCCAGGGCAACGGUCACCCUGGAGAUGCAGUGGAUGACCUCAGCAGGGACGAGUGUCUGAGGGGAAGCAUGGAGCUCCGCUACAACAAGGGUUGUUACUCAGCGGUGGUGGAUUAUUUUGAGACGUCUAUCUACAUGGCAGGAGCUCUUCCAUUACUGUCCUGA